AUGGCCAGCCCCGAGGAGCCUCUCGCUCCCCGCCCCCAGGCUCCCUUGCCAGCGGCUGGGGACGAGCGGGGCUCCGGCCUCGGCAAACUCCGCCCGGAUCCCCUGCGCAGCGCGGCCGGCGGGGGGAGCGCGGCGGGCCCGGGCCCGGCCCCCGAGUGGCCUGGCUGCGGCCGGGCCGAGCGCGCCGCGCCCCCGCGCCCGCCCCCCUCCUUCGCAGGCCGCGCCACCCCCGCUGGGGGCCCCGGCGCCCUCUCUGCGCGCGGCGGCGGCUGCGGCUGGGUCGCGGCCCGCGCUCCCUUCGCGCUCGCCUUCUCCUCCCCUGUCCCCUCCUCCUCUCCAUCUUCCUUUUACUUCUGGCCGCCGCCCCCCCCACCCCCUCCCGCUUCUCUCCCCUCCUCAUCUGCCUUCCACCUCCCUGUGCGUCUCCCAGGAAGGGAGGGCGCGGCGGCGGCGGCCGCUGGAGGAGGCGGCGGCGAUGCUGGCGGCGGAGGAGGACAAGAGGCAGCUCCCUUGAGCGCUCCCCCCAGCAGUAGUCACAGAAGCGGUGGUGGCAGCGGCGGCGGGCGGCGGCGGCUCUUCCUCUCGCUCGCGCUCCAGGGCUUGCUGCUCCCGGCCCGCGCCGGGCCCCGGCCGCCGCCGCCGCCGCCCCGGCUGCCCCUCGGCCCGGCCGCCCGCCGCGCGGGUUCCCCCGGCUUCCCGGGCGCCGGCGGGGGCUGCCCCGGCCCCGGCCCCGGCGGCGGCGGGUCAACUCCGCGGCGCCCCCAAGGCGCCGGCUUCGCACUCGCGGCCGCGUCCCCGCUGCUCUUCGGCUCCGACAUGGAAGAUGGACCUUCUAAUAAUGCGAGCUGCUUCCGAAGGCUGACCGAGUGUUUCCUGAGCCCCAGUUUGACAGAUGAAAAAGUGAAGGCAUAUCUUUCUCUUCACCCCCAGGUAUUAGAUGAAUUUGUAUCUGAAAGUGUUAGCGCAGAGACUGUAGAAAAAUGGCUGAAGAGGAAAAACAACAAACUAGAAGAUGAGUCAGCUCCCAAGGAAGUCAGCAGGUACCAAGAUACGAAUAUGCAGGGAGUUGUAUAUGAACUAAACAGCUAUAUAGAGCAACGGCUGGAUACGGGAGGAGACAACCAGCUACUCCUCUAUGAAUUGAGUAGCAUCAUUAAAAUAGCCACAAAUGCUGAUGGAUUUGCACUGUAUUUCCUUGGAGAGUGCAAUAAUAGCCUCUGUGUGUUCACACCUCCCGGAAUAAAGGAAGGAAAGCCCCGGCUCAUCCCUGCCGGGCCCAUCACCCAGGGCACCACCAUCUCUGCCUACGUGGCCAAGUCCAGAAAAACAUUGCUGGUAGAAGACAUCCUUGGGGAUGAACGAUUUCCAAGAGGUACUGGAGUAGAAUCAGGGACUCGUAUCCAAUCUGUCCUUUGCUUACCAAUUGUCACUGCCAUUGGCGAUUUGAUUGGCAUUCUUGAGCUGUAUCGGCACUGGGGCAAAGAGGCCUUCUGUCUCAGUCAUCAGGAGGUUGCGACAGCAAAUCUUGCCUGGGCUUCAGUAGCAAUACAUCAGGUGCAGGUAUGCAGAGGCCUUGCGAAACAGACAGAAUUGAAUGACUUUCUUCUGGACGUAUCAAAAACAUAUUUUGAUAACAUAGUUGCAAUAGAUUCUCUACUUGAACACAUAAUGAUAUAUGCAAAAAACCUGGUGAAUGCCGAUCGUUGUGCACUUUUCCAGGUAGACCACAAGAACAAAGAGUUAUAUUCAGACCUUUUUGACAUUGGAGAGGAAAAGGAAGGAAAACCUAUCUUCAAGAAGACCAAAGAGAUAAGAUUUUCAAUUGAGAAAGGAAUCGCUGGCCAAGUAGCAAGAACAGGGGAAGUCCUGAAUAUUCCAGACGCCUAUGCUGAUCCACGCUUCAACAGAGAAGUAGACUUGUACACAGGCUAUACCACCCGGAACAUCCUGUGCAUGCCCAUCGUGAGCCGAGGAAGCGUGAUAGGUGUGGUGCAGAUGGUGAACAAAAUAAGUGGCAGUGCCUUCUCGAAAACAGAUGAAAACAACUUCAAAAUGUUUGCUGUCUUUUGUGCGUUAGCCUUACACUGUGCUAAUAUGUACCACAGAAUUCGUCACUCAGAGUGCAUUUACCGGGUUACCAUGGAGAAGCUGUCCUAUCACAGCAUCUGCACUGCGGAGGAGUGGCAAGGCCUCAUGCGUUUCACCCUCCCCGGACGUCUCUGCAAAGAAAUUGAAUUAUUCCACUUUGACAUUGGUCCUUUUGAAAACAUGUGGCCUGGAAUCUUUGUGUACAUGGUUCAUCGGUCCUGUGGGACAUCCUGUUUUGAUCUUGAAAAGUUGUGUCGUUUUAUCAUGUCUGUGAAGAAGAACUAUCGCCGAGUUCCGUAUCACAACUGGAAACACGCGGUCACCGUGGCACACUGCAUGUACGCCAUACUUCAGAACAACCACGCCCUCUUCACAGACCUGGAGCGCAAAGGACUGCUGAUCGCAUGUCUGUGUCAUGACCUGGACCACAGGGGCUUCAGCAACAGCUACCUGCAGAAGUUCGACCACCCCCUGGCGGCUCUGUACUCCACCUCCACCAUGGAGCAGCACCACUUCUCCCAGACUGUGUCCAUCCUGCAGUUGGAAGGUCACAAUAUCUUCUCCACCCUGAGCUCCAGUGAAUAUGAACAGGUGCUUGAGAUCAUCCGCAAAGCCAUCAUUGCUACAGACCUUGCUUUGUACUUUGGAAACAGGAAACAGUUGGAAGAGAUGUGCCAGUCCGGAUUGCUAAACCUUAAUAAUCAAUCACAUAGAGACCGUGUAAUUGGUUUGAUGAUGACUGCCUGUGAUCUGUGCUCUGUGACAAAACUGUGGCCAGUUACAAAAUUGACGGCAAAUGAUAUAUAUGCAGAAUUCUGGGCUGAGGGCGAUGAAAUGAAGAAACUGGGAAUACAGCCCAUCCCUAUGAUGGACAGGGACAAGAAGGAUGAAGUCCCGCAAGGCCAGCUUGGAUUCUACAAUGCUGUCGCCAUUCCCUGCUAUACCACCCUGACCCAGAUCCUCCCCCCAACAGAGCCUCUCCUCAAAGCAUGCAGGGACAAUCUCAACCAGUGGGAGAAGGUGAUUCGAGGGGAGGAGAGUGCGACGUGGAUCUCGUCCCCACCUGCAACCCCAGGGACCUCCAAGAAGCACCCCGUGAAGAGCGAUCACCACCAUCACUGAGGAGCUGUCCCGCCUAAGCAUUCUCACCAUGCUUCUUUGACUUUUUUCCUUUUAUUUUUGUGGGCGGACCUAUGCCUGGUAACUGGGGUACAAACCUCUCCAAGAAGGUAAAAUCAAGGAGAGAUGCCAGGCAGAUGCCCUCCUGCCAGGGUCAUCUGUGCGGCAUCUCGGGCAGCAGACACCAGGACCACCGUGCUCAGAGAGCAGCCGGCAAGUGACUGCUUUGACUUGCGAACUGGCUUUUCUAAUAGGCUGCUACUGCUGAGGCCUUAAUGGAAAUAGACAAAACCAUUCUGAAGGGUACUUUCCCACUGUGUCUGUCACACGAGGGUUUAAAAUGGUACUAUGACGGUAUUGUGCUUAGGCUGUAACACCGAUGUUGCUUUGAUGUUGUUGGUUUUAAAUAGGAAUUUUUACACAUUACUGUUGUGAACAUCCAUGAGUGACCUGCUAGUAAUUGACUUGAGUUGCAGUCCCCAGCCUCAGGACAGGUGUCAUUGAGAUCACAGAGAAGGAAGUGGUAGAAAAAGUCAAAUUCUUAUUUCACAUCUUCAUGAAUUUAGUUCAGUGGGCUAAAGUGUAGUCUUUAAGUUUAUACUAAAGGGCUUAGAUGGAUAAAUUUGACACUAAAAGGAGUAGACUGUCCUUUUGAGAAGAGAUGCAGGUGUACAUUACAAUAAAUCUCAGAACUUCAAAUAUCAAUUCAAAAUAUGUCAAAUAAUUAAAAAUAAUUUUUUCUUCAUUGUUGUCUUGGCAAAUUUACUGAACUGUUUGCAUAAAGAACAAAAUAAAAGCAAGGCAGUGCAAAAUUAUUUUUAAUAGACAAGUCUUAUGGAUGUAAAAGUGAAGUUUUAAUAAUGAUUCCUUUAUAUUUUCAUUUUGUGUCAUUAUAAAAUUUCAGACUCACAUUCAAAAUGAAAAGUUUAUUCUAAAAAUUAUUUAAUUAAAGUACCAUACAUUUCUUUUUAAAAAAUCAAAUUAAACCAUAAAAUUUAAGUCUUUUGUAUUUUACUUUGAUCUGCUGCAUUCAUCUCCCAUGGUCACUUUCCUUAUGCUACACAAUCGUAUUUCAUAAGCUUCCUGUCCAUGGAAUGGAAGCUGAGGAAGGCAGUAGUACAAUCAUGUCACAUUUAUUUCUGUUCUCUACUCUUCUCACAGAUCAAAUAUCUACAUGGAAACUUGUGGUUUGGGUAGUUUGUUCUGUGAAACUUCUGUACUAAUAUUACUGGACAGUGUAAAUGUUUUAAAAAAUACAAAAGUAACCCUCUGGACCCCUUCCUACAGGGAUUACAAGGCAGUCACUACCGGUGCAUAUUAAUACUUUACAGAUUUUUAGCACAAUGGCACAGUAACCUCUGAACCUGUGGUUAGUUCUAACCUGAAGGAAUUAGAUAGAGUCUCAAGAACUGUCAGGCCAAUCCGUGACAAACAGUCUAUUCACUAUUCACAUGGCAGAAAACUGGAAUAUUACUUUUAAUAAAAUAAAAAUUUUAAAAUAUGCUUCUACAUAUUUAAUACUAUAUACAUUGUUUAUAGUAGCUUGGUUUUUGCAAAAUUAAGUAAGAGGCUUCUACAACAUGAUUUAUUUAUGCUGUAGCAGAGUUAGCUAUACAUAAACAUUGUUCUUAUGUUAAAAUUAACACUAUGUGUUCAAUUUCUUUAUGGGCUUCGCAAAGUUGCCAUCUUCCCUACAUGGAGCUCCAUUUGCUAUUUUAAUUAUACAACAUGACGUAAAAAUGUAAUAACUAAAGGGAGAUGAAUACCACUGUAACUAGAUACACACACCUGUGGAUGGAUGUAAUGUAUGUAGACACACAGAGAUGUAUAUAUGAUGCACGCUCAUAUGUACGUAUGUAGACAUACACAUGUAUGUAUAUAUAUGAUAUACACACAUCCACAUAUAUGUGACAGGAGAGAAAGAGAAGCAAACACAUAUGAAAGAUAAAAAUCAUCCCCAUUCUUCAAAAACAGUGACUUUUUUGUGUUAGAAAAUAUAUAUUGCUUGAUACAGAGUUGACUAGAAAGUGUCAUUUUUGUGUUAGUGUAGUCGUUGAUUGCAUUAAACUCUAACAAGCUGCACAUUUUUCUGCAUACAAGUUUAUGAAACUA